AUGGAACCCCCACACCCAAGGCACCGAGUCCUAAAGCGCAUCGUCUCACUAGUCCUCCACCAAUGGCUUCUAAUCGGGAUCGGAGUCGUCUGCGCACUGGCAUACUGCUUCCCGAACGUUGCCAAGCAUGGCGGCGUGAUUCGUUCGGAGUACAGUAUUAUGUACGGGGUGAUUGCAAUCAUCUUCUUGAUAUCGGGUCUGAGCAUCCCGCGCCAGAAGCUUUUUUCUCAUUUUUUGAACUGGCGGCUCCACCUUCUCGUACAAGUGGUUUCGUUCUUGUUUAUUCCUGCUUUGGUUCUGGCUGUUGUACAUGUGAUUCUUGCUGGUGAUCCUGCGGGGAAUAUUGAUCGUGCCGUGCUGGCGGGGUAUAUCUUUACUGCUUGUAUUCCUACCACUAUUGCGUCUAAUGUUGUUAUGACGAGGGCUGCGGGUGGAGAUGAUGCGGCGGCUUUGGUGGAGGUUUUGUUGGCUAAUGUUCUCGGGCCGUUUGUUACGGCUGCUUGGACUGUUUCUCUGAUUCCCAAAACUGCUGAGUUUGACCCUUGGCGGUAUGGGGGUGGCAGUCUGGGAAGUAUGUAUAAAGAUGUGUUCCAGCAGCUUGGGCUUAGUGUACUGCUGCCGCUGUUUGUUGGACAGUUGGUGAGAUGGACAUGGCCGGACCGUACUGCCUCGGUGCUACAGAAGACCAAGCUGCCCAAGUUGGCUACUGUGUGCAUGUUGCUGUUGAUCUGGUCUACAUUUUCUUCCUGUUUUGCAACGGGAGCCUUGCAGUCUCUCUCCGCACAGAGUGUUAUCUUUGUAGUCUUCUUCAACAUCGCACUCUACGUCCUCCUGACGGCGGUAUGCUUCUUCGGUUCCAGACCACCCCGGGUCUUUGGCUCUCGAUCUUGGUCUAAGCCCAUGUUCAAACGCAUGUCGCCCGAAGAAACAAUUGCAGUUUGUUUCUGUGGACCGGCAAAAAGCACAGCCCUUGGAAUUCCAUUAUUGUACGCAAUGUGGCAGCCCGUUGAUCUAUUUACGAAAGCAAAAACUUCCGUGCCGGUGCUGCUUUACACCACAGAGCAAAUAUGCGUGGCACACUUUUUUGUGCAACUUUUUCGGAGGUGGCAUGCCAAAGUCCUUGAGAAAGAGCAUUCAGAUGACACCAUCCGUGAUGACGCUGAGCUUGGGGUGACUGAGGAUGCGUCUGGCGUUGACCCUAGACAUCGACAUGAGCUUUCUGCUGUUUGA